GUCUCGCCACGAUAGCUUAAUGAUUCUCCCAAAUCGACGGCUGUAAAGAGGCGCUUAAAUUUCUCAGAUUACGUGACAGUUUCUGAACCGUUGAGAUGUUUGGAUGACUAAAGUUUAUUAAUUACGUGGCACUUACUCAGAAGCUCUCUCACGUCACGUAUCCGUCGUUAAAGAGUGUGACGUGGAAAAUGUUUUGGAAUUAAUUUUGUGUGUUUGUAUUAUAUCACCGUACUAAUUAGCUCAUCUCCCGAAGCCAUGUGGUAAUUCUAAUUUUGUGUAUUUAUUAUUUUCUGUUAAGACGAAUCGGACAGAGAGAACUCCGGCGGCGGAUUGCACUUCCGGCAAGAUCUCGUGGGGAUAAAUAAGAUGGCGGAUGAGAGGUAUAAUCGGAAGAAUCCGGCGGUGAAGAGGAUUUUGCAGGAGGUUAAGGAGAUGCAAGCUAAUCCGUCUGAUGAUUUUAUGUCUCUUCCUCUUGAGGAGAAUAUCUUUGAGUGGCAAUUCGCCAUCCGAGGUCCUGGUGAUACUGAAUUCGAGGGCGGGAUUUAUCAUGGGAGAAUUCAGUUGCCUGCAGAUUAUCCAUUCAAACCUCCUUCAUUCAUGUUAUUGACCCCUAACGGGCGCUUUGAAACUAACACCAAGAUUUGCUUGAGCAUUUCAAACUACCACCCUGAGCAUUGGCAACCUUCAUGGAGUGUUCGGACUGCUUUGGUGGCUCUCAUUGCAUUUAUGCCCACAAGUCCCAAUGGAGCACUGGGCUCAGUAGAUUAUCCAAAGGAUGAGAGACGUACACUAGCCAUUAAAUCACGUGAGACACCACCUAAGUAUGGCUCUCCUGAACGGCAAAAAAUUAUUGAUGAGAUUCAUCAGUACAUCCUUAGCAAAGCAACCGUGGUUCCAAAACCUCUUCCUCUGGAAUGUAGCCAAGCACCUUCCAUCGUAUCAGAAGCUCACUCCCAAGUUGAGCCACAGGAAGCGAUAACUGUAGUAGAAGAGCGGUCCAUCGCUACAACAGACACCAUAGUUGAUGAUCAAAUCAUAGAAGAGACAGCUGAAGCAGUCAAUACAGCAGCUAGUGUGGUUCCCGCUGCAGCACCUUUACCAGCGGUUGAAGUUGUGGUCAAAGCUUCUGUAAGUGGUGAGCAAAGGAUGGCCAGAAGAGCGGCUCAGAAGCCAGUCGAUGACAGACUCUUCACGUGGGCGGCGGUUGGGCUCACAAUCGCUAUCAUGGUUCUUCUUCUGAAGAAGUUCAUAAAAUCAAAUGGUUACAGUACUGGGUUUAUGGAUGAUCAGUCUUGAACUCUGAUGAAAGUCAAUGCUGCGUUUAAGAAAUGGGGUUGUGUUGUUUAAUAUUUUAUAAAUAUAAUUAAAGUGCAUAAUGGCGUAAAUAAUUUCUGUGUGACAUUGUCUUGCAACUUAGUUGAUAGAUUGGAUUAUAGCUUGUGACCAAGUUAACAAUAUGUAUUUUGGAAUUGAACACUGACGACCGUUUUAUCAAUACAUUGAUGCUUUGUUAAUAGAAUUGUUGAUUACCUCCACUAUGUUCAUAACUAUUUCCCGUUUUGAGUACAUGAUGUCU